AUGGAUCCAUUGUUCCUCACGCCGUACCACGAGAUAUGUGUGUCUUUUCAGGAUAUUGAUCUUGAAGAUCAGCUAUAUUCCAACUACGCGGGAGAACGUCGUGCCACCAACUCGUUCCACCAGUGGCAAGAGAAGGAAUUGUCAUUUCUCUUCGUACUAAUGAGUCUGGUGUGCGCGAUCACAGACGUGCACUCUAUAUUUCCUCACUUUCAUAGUCCGACUGCACGGCUGGUCCGACACGACCGGAAAGAGAUCAAGCCCAGGAUCGAUAGCCAGAUUCCGGACUGCCCUACUACAAGUGGCGCCCAACGGCAAAAAUCUGCAACUCUGGACAACAAACGAAGACCUCAAGGCUCUCCGCCGCAGCCGAAAUUUGUUGUCACACGGGCCUGUCGGAGUUCAACUGUACGUACGACCAAAACUUUAAAGAAGAUGCCUUUAUCAGAAGAACAAUUUAAAACUCUACUGGCAGCAGUGGGCGGAGGUACCAAGAAAGGGUCUUUCGCAGCGUGCACUACCUUCUACGAAGGGGAAAGACAGAGCAAUGCUGUGGAGGCUUUCCUAGCUGCUGUUUCAGUCUACAAAGAAGUUGAAAGGAUAUCUGAUGAAGAUGCAAUAACUGGUCUCCCUCUUGUCUUGAAGAAGGACGCAGCAACUUGGUGGCAAGGAGUCAAGGAAGGCAUCACACAGUGGAGCGAUUACAAAAAGAGGCUCCGCCAUGCUUUUGCUCCAAAGAAGCCGGCUUAUAUUAUUUACCAAGAGCUCAUUGGGGUAAAACAGGAGCAUAAUGAGCAUACAGAGAAAUUUAUUGCUCAAAAACGUAUGUUGUUAGCGCAGUUACCAAAACCGGAACACACAGAAGAACAACAGCUAGACAUGAUAUUCGGACAACUUAAACUGUCCAUUAAGGAGAAGGUGCCUAGAACAUCAAUUAAGACAUUUGAUGAAUUAUUGGACAAAGCUCGGGCAGUAGAAGAGGUUAGUAAGGAUAGAGAAUUCGUAAGAGCAGACAGAGAUACGAACUUUAAGGAGAAGAAAGGUUUCAUCAAAAGGGAACGGUGCAACUUUUGUAAGUUGAUGGGCCACAAAACUGAAGAAUUUCGCAAGAAAUUAAAAGCAGAACAAAAUUUACUCUCUUCUAAUUCAUCGGCACAUACACCAAAAAAGCCUAUUGCAACCACGUCUUCCCAAGUCCCUUCACCUACAUCACCGAAAUUUUCUUGUUACGGUUGCGGCACACCAGGCGUGGUACGCAGCAAUUGCGAAACCUGCACGAAGCCGAAGCCAAAGGUACCGGACGAAGAGAUUGGUUUUAAUUCAGUCAACGUUCAAACAGACUCGCGAUCUCGCCCUGGUUUUUACAUCGAGAUCGAAGGCAUUACAGGCACAGCAUAUAUAGACACCUGUGCAAAGAGCAGUGUAGCAUCAUUUGAACUGUACUGUCGCUUAAAAAAUAAAGGUUACCACUUUGAAAAAGCUAAUGUAUGGAUAACACUGGCAGACGGCCAUAGAAGAAAGCAAGACGUACUAACAGUCAAGGCUCUGGUAACUUUAGAUGGACGGACAAUUCCUACAACGUUCAUUGUGUUGCCUAAUUCCAGAGAGAACAAGACACUACUUGGGGUUGGGUUUAUACAAGACGCCAGAAUGCUAUUAAAUAUGGCUCAAUUUACGUACCAGUUUCUGGACGACCCAUAUAUUGAGCAUGAGUUAUACAAGGAAGAUUUCGCUGUCUUUAAUCGCAGUAUUCUAAUGGAUAACUUACACUCACCUGUUGUCGAUACCGAGCGAGCUUACUGUCCGGUAAGUAAUAUAUCUGAAAGAAAUUCAGAUCUUACUUACCAAAUAACGGAAUCAGCAGCUACACCAACGGAUAGUUCAAUCCCUUACCGAUUGCGACGUCUGGACUCGCCCGAAAAGAAAAUAAAGACUUUUGAUGGGUACUCACCACGAUUUGCAGACGCAAUGAUGCGCGAUGCCCAGAUAAAUGUGCAUCGCAUGUACGGCGAACUAGAACUGUCACCAGAAUCAGCAUCCUUGUUUCCAAACUCUUAUACUAACAUAGACAUUGCUAUGUUAGAAGUAGACUUCACAAAUACAGUACUAGAAAAUAGCCAAAAAGAAGCACUGAAACAAUUGCUAGACACCUAUGAAGAUAUUUUCACUUCGAAUGGUCAGCCCACAACGAUAGUCGAACACUGCAUCGAAACCAUAAAUAAUACACCGAUUUCAGUACCACCAUAUCGUCUUUCACCGCCUCGUAAAGAAAUCCUACGAAAGAAAAUUAGCGAAAUGUUAAAUGAUGGUAUUAUCGAACCAUGUGCGUCACCCUGGGCAGCACCGGUUAUCAUGAUACCAAAACCAAAUAAAGAAGUACGACUUUGUUUGGAUUAUCGACGCUUAAACGCAGUAACCAUACCAGAUAAUUACCCAAUGCCUCGCAUGGAUGAUCUGCUGCAUGAAGCCAAACCAACACCAUUCAUGACGACGCUUGAUUUGAAAGCGGGUUUUUGGCAAAUUAAAGUUCGAGAUGAAGAUCAGAAUAAAACAGCGUUUGUAACGCCGUUCGGAAUUUUCAAAUUCAAGAGAAUGCCAUUUGGCUUAAGAAAUGCGCCAGCAACCUUUCAAAGGUUAAUCGAUGGCUUUAGAGCGGUUUUUCAAGACGUAAAAAUGCUAGCGUACCUAGAUGAUAUAAUAAUAAUGUCGCCAACAUUCGAAUCACAUUUGGGUGAUUUAACCAAGGUGUUUGAUCAGUUACGAAAAUAUAACUUGACAGUAAACAUCAUAAAAUGUCGUUUCUGCUGCCCAACUGUAAAAUAUUUGGGUCAUUUAAUUACCAAAGAAGGUCUCACCAUGGAUCCAUCAAAAACAUCAGCAAUAGUUAACAUGCCAAUUCCCAGUAAUUUAAAGCACUUAACUUCCUUUUUACAAACCUGUUCAUGGUACAGAAGAUUUAUAGCGGGUUUUGCCAAAAUAGCAGAGCCACUAACACGUCUUACAAAGAAAAAUGCCCAGUGGGUAUGGGGAAUUGAGCAACAGGUGGCAUAUGAUAAAUUAAAAAAACUUCUAACCUCAGCGCCUAUACUUCGUCAGGCAGAUGAAACAAAACCUUACCUUAUAAAGACCGACGCAAGCAGCUACGCUAUUGGCGCAGUCUUUCUGCAGGGGGAGGGCGAAGAUGAGCGGCCAGUGGAAUAUGCCAGACGGCUGGCUCGGUGGGCAUUACAAUUACAAUCUUACAACCUAACCAUAAAAUACAGCCCAGGAAAAACAAACGUUGUUGCAGAUACACUUUCUCGCCCAUCGUGUACAAAAGAAAACGAAAAAGAUUGUGGAAUAUGCGUAGUAACGAUAGAUAUGCCAAAGAAAGACCCAGCGAAAAUAAGACAAGAACAAAUAAAGGAUGAAAAUAUACAAAGAAUAAUAAAGUCCUUAGAAGAUGAAGUAAAUUUCGAGAAUGCCAGGUACUGGAGUGAAAAGGGAUACAUAAUGAACAAUGGAUUACUAUAUCGCAACAGUCCAUCUGUAGAUACAGAAGAUGCACAACUUGUGGUUCCUCAACAUGAAUGGAUGAAUGUUGUUUCAAUAUAUCACGAUGAUCCACUGGCAGGUCAUGGUGGCAGUGAGAAGACAUAUAAUAGAAUAUCAAAGAGGUACUUCUGGUCUGGCAUGAGAAAAUACAUUGAAGGCAUUCGUUUUGCAUUAAAUACAGCCAUAUGUACUUCGACAAACUGUUCUCCAGCAUAUUUAACUUUUGGUAGAGAAUUAAGAACCCCUCAUGAUAAUUUAGAAGACUUCAGACAAAUAUUAAUAACUGAGAAUUUCAUACCAGAAAUAACGCCAAAAAUUAAACAACUGGCUCAAACUAUGACAAAAGCGAAGGAAGUUCAAGAAAUGAAAGAAGAAACCAGAAAACUCUAUGCAGAUAGAGCUAGAAGAAUGGCUCCCGAAUAUAAGGUUGGUGAUUUAGUACUAGUUAAUACGCACCCAAUCAGCAACGCAGCGAAAGGGUUCUCAGCAAAGUUUGCACCACGAAGAGACGGGCCAUAUGUAAUAUUAGGUCAACAUGGCCCCAGUUCGUACCAACUAGCUACGAAAGAGGAACCAGAUAAAAAAAUUGGAAUACACCACUCUUCAGCUCUCACGUUAUUUCAUAAACCUGAAAAUUCUAUAGAAUUACCACAACCAGUACAACCGAUACGAAGAAGAGGACGACCUCGAAAGGAACAGACACAAAUAUUGAGAGCUCCUAGAGGACGAGGCAAACCAGAAUAA